UUUUUUUUUUUUAAUAAACUUCUUUAUACCUUUAUCUCAUUAUGGCAAACCAACAACAACCUUCCACCUUUCGAAAGAUUCAAGCUGUCACUAUUGGAAACGACUUUGAAAAGGUAACCGAAAUUGUCUCUGUCAAAUAUAUCGAUCUCGUUCAACAACUCAAACCUCAUCAAGUCAUUGUCAAAGUACUUUAUGUUGGUAUCAAUGCUUCUGAUGUCAACUAUACCAAUGGUAAAUAUACUCCUAAUGUGAAGCCUCCUUUUGAUGUUGGUUUUGAAGGUUUGGGUCAAAUUGUACAAGUUGGAUCAAAAGUUCCCAAGGAAAAAGUGGCAAGUUAUGGGAUUUUUUCACAAUAUGGUGCUUUCGCUGAAUAUUUGAUUAUAUCUUACAAAGGCAUUACUCCUAUCCCUAAUCCCAAACCUGAAUAUAUUGGUCUUCUUACUUCCGGUUUGACGUCUUCCAUUUCUUUGAUUGAAAAAGGGCAAAUGACAUCUGGUGAAACGGUAUUGGUAACUGCUGCUGCUGGUGGUACUGGUCAAUUCGCUGUACAACUCGCAAAACUGGCUGGAAAUCAUGUUAUUGGUACUUGUUCUAGCGAUGACAAGGUGGAAAUGUUGAAAAGAAUGGGUUGCGACAGGGUGAUCAAUUACAAAAAGGAAGAUUUCAAAAAGGUACUCAAAUCAGAAUAUCCUCGAGGUGUGGAUAUUGUAUUCGAAAGUGUGGGUGGCCAAUUCUUUGAUAUUUGUUUGGGCAGUCUGGCUACAAAGGGUCGUUUGAUUGUAAUCGGUAUGGCAUCCACUUAUUCCUCUUCAUCUGGUAUGCAAGGUAACGAUCUCAAUACAAUCAAGUUACUUGGCAAAUCUCGUACAGUGACCGGGUUCUUCCUCCCUGAUUAUGCCGACCAAUAUGGCAAGCAUUUACAUCGAUUAAUUUCUUUAUUAGCUCAACGCAAAUUGGAGGUAGAAUUGGAUCUUGUUGGACAAGGUGAUAUUAAGGAUGUUAUAAAAGGGGUGGAUCGCUUACAAAUGGGGAAAAACAAAGGCAAGGUUAUUGUACCUCUUUCGUCUUCUUCUUCUUCUCGUUUGUAAAACAUAGUUUAGAAUAUUGGUUCGCGGUAUUUGAAAUAAACAAAAAAAAACUAUAUUUUUGAAAUCUGCCCC